ACGAAUAUCGACAUGCGCAGAAACGACGUUACUUUCCAGUCCCCCUAAUACAUUCUUUCCAUUGCACCUAAUGGCUUUUUAUAACUAACUUUUUCCACCCGAAAAAAUGUCGUGAAAACGUGCCAUUUUUAAGCGUCUACAUUAUAUGGUCACUUAAGGAUAUAAUUUGCAUCUAUUUAGAUGGUCUUUAGACUAAUACAAAUCUGCUUGUCGAUACCGACAUUUAUUUAUUUCUCGCUUGAACAUUUAAUUCUAUAGAUUUUAUUUCAACGCUUCGACUUUGAAUAGCCUAUUUUGACGCUAAAAUAGCGAAAAAGCAAAUUUCGGACAUCGUCGGAGAGUUAAAGUGAGAUUAAAUUAUAUUUUUUUAAAUUGUAAUGAAACGUAUUUUAUUAUCCGAGUCUGUGGCUGCGUUGUAGAAUUGAAACCUCAACAUUUUCAACGUAGCGCCGAAAUUUCGACUCAGGUGUAUCCGCGGAACACAUGCGUGGCACAUGCGCGUCAGCGGUCGACGCGCGUGGCGCGAAGGAAAAGUGACGGGUGUCGUUGAGGCGGUCCUUUUUCCGCGACAGGGAUCUCUCGCUCUCGCGUGAGACGGCGCGUGACGAUGCUCACCGGGUGACACGAUGACGUGGCUGCACGAGGAGGAGGACGACAACGAACAACGGCAGCACGCGCGGCAGCAUCCUGCCGGCAGUCGUCGUGCGUUGUCCGGGCGGGAUUGCGUCAGUGAACGAGCGGGAAGGAUCCCGUCAUCCCGUCGCGUUAUCCUCGCAUCCCCUCGGCAUCUCCCCGGUUCAAGAGAGAAGUUAAUAAAUGUGUAAAUGUUUGAUACGGGUUUAAAGUGGAUUGAUCAACAAGUUUUCUUUUAUCUAAGGUGUAGGUCCGAAUCAUUUCGACCUCGUCAGAUACCACAUUUGACGAGAAUUGCUUGAUUUGCUGCAAUUUCGGUCCGUCACAAUAGACCGCCAUCUUUGAUUUUGAAAAUCUUCUAAUUCUGACAUCAGGGGGUUCGCGGCAGGAAGAUCCACGCGGCCGCCGCAAUGGCUCGUCGCGCCUCGCGGCGAGUGUCAAACUCAACGGCGCCAACAACGAGUUACGUGUGCGUGCGACUGAAAUCUCGCUAGAGCAAAUCGUGCCGGUCCACGAAGAAGCGAGAGGAUGAUGACAUCGAGGAGGCUGUCGUUCUUCGUUGUUCUCGUGCCGCUCACUGUCUGCAAAUACCGUUAUCACGCGCUGGAAAUCAGAGCGACGACGACGAAUGGCUUUGCGCCGUCCAGUCCAUCAUGGGGCUCUACGUGGACGAUCGGCAGAGUGCCCAGGGCUACCGUGAACGACAUCGUCUCGAGGAACAUUACGAUGGUCCUCGAGAAUCUGUUGAUGAAUUACGAAAACAGCCAGCUACCCACGCAUGGCAAAGGUGUGCCCACGGUGGUGAAGACCAAUAUUUUAAUUAGAAGCAUGGGUCCGGUAUCCGAGCUUGAUAUGGAUUACUCAAUGGAUUGUUAUUUCCGACAAUCGUGGCGCGACUCACGCUUGAGCUUCCUCGGGCCGAUCAAGUCGCUUAGUCUCAGUAUCAAAAUGCUCGAGAGGAUCUGGCGUCCCGACACUUACUUCUACAAUGGCAAGCAUAGUUACGUGCACACCAUCACCGUGCCAAACAAGUUGCUGAGGAUCUCCCAGGAUGGCGAUAUACUGUAUUCCAUGAGGCUCACCAUUAAAGCUAAGUGUCCCAUGGAGCUGAGGAACUUCCCCAUGGAUCGACAAUCUUGCCCGUUGAUAAUGGGAAGUUACGCGUACACAUCGGGACAAUUGGUUUACGAAUGGCAGGAGGGCUCAUCGGUAAACUUUGUGCCCGGUAUGGCAUUGUCGCAGUUCGACUUGAUGGGCUCGCCGUAUAGAAACCUCACCUUCGUGCGCCGGGAAGGUGAGUUCUCGGUGCUGCAAGUGUCCUUCAAUCUGCAACGGCACACGGGCUACUUCCUCAUACAAGUUUACGUACCGUGCGUGCUGAUAGUCGUGCUGAGCUGGGUGUCUUUUUGGAUCCAUCGCGAGGCGACGAGCGACCGUGUCGGUCUGGGUAUCACCACCGUCUUGACGCUCUCGACGAUAAGCCUCGAUUCCCGAACAGAUUUGCCGAAAGUGAGAUAUGCCACCGCCCUGGAUUGGUUCCUCCUCAUGAGCUUCGGCUACUGUAUCGCCACCCUGUUGGAGUUCGCCGGUGUCCAUUACUUCACAAAGAUCGGCAGCGGCGAGAUUCCGUUAGACGACGAAGAGUGGGAAGAGUGGAAGGGCAUUGGUAGAGAAGAGUUCGAGGAUACAUUACGCACGAUGAUCUCCUGCAGUCCACAGACCGACCAUCCAGAGAUCUUGGAUACGAGCGCUAGAAGACGCGGCUCUCUCAUGUGCGCGCUGUAUAGCGAUGGAAUCACAUACGAACGAGAUUCCUGUCGCUCCAUCACUGUUGCCGUUUCUUCAAAACCGUCGACGAUGGAACAGCAGACGCAGACCGAGCUUAUUUUGCCACUGUGGCGACAGUUUCUAUAUUGCUUAGCGGGCGAUGACGCAUUCAGGCGUCGCCGACAGCGUGAGGCAGCCAAUAGUUAUAGAAAAUACGGCGAUCGGCUGUCGAGGCACAUAAACAGCGUGUCUUACAUCGAUAGGGUGGCUCGUGUAGUUUUCCCCGCGUCUUUCGGCCUACUCAAUAUCUGUUACUGGGUAGUUUACGUCACCUACCAAGAAGAAUUUAAGUGGCAGGACCCGCCGAUCGGAUCGAUUUCUCAUUAACGAAUUUUCCAUUUGAUAAUAAAGCGAAUGAUAUAAUGUGAAUAAGAAAGAAUUAGAAAGCAUAUAUGGGCAUAUUCAUCGCCUAUUUUGAACUAAUUUACAUAAAACGAUAUUCAGAAUUGAUUUUUUUUUCAAAUCAUUAUGAUGACACAUAUUAGACAGUUUGUUUCAAAACUCUUUAUUCUUCCACGGUAGUAUUCACUCUAUGUUACUAAAUAUUUCAAUUUCUUUCUUAUCUACACUUCUGUGAAAUCAAAUUCUUUUAUUUGAAAUUUCUGCAUUUAAAUCUGUAUAUUUGUUUUUAGAAACGGUUUGAAUAUAUUUUCGAUGCAGUUCGAAAUACAAACUAUGGUCCAAUGUAAGAAUUCGCUUGUGAAAAAAAAGUUCUUCCUUGGAUUCUCUCUUGACUGCAUCCUCUACUACAACGAAAAAAAUGUCCAAAUCAUUUAAAAAUCGAAUGUACAAUUAUAUUUUUAAUUUCAAGAA